AUGGCCGUCAGUAGCACUACAAUAUGCAAAAAGUCCGAGUUAUCCACUCUAUUUAGACUCUACUAGAUACGGGUGCAUUUGGGCCGCUUUUCUUUGCUGACGAGCAUCGUUUUUGGAUUCACAUGAGGCUUGAAGAUGUGUUUCUAGAGUUGUUUAAACGGACUUUACCCGCUUGAUUCGAGAGCGAGUGGAGAUCAGGCCUAGCCGGCUGGCUAGAAAACAAGCGGACGUUAAGCUAGUCCUCGGAGUUUAAAGGGAAUAUGUAACAUAAAGCAACCAACAUGACAUCCAGAUUCGGCAAAACGUACAACCGCAAGGGAGGUGAGGCGAACUCUAAAUUUGACGAGGUCUUCUCCAAUAAAAAGCCCACACUGACCACCAAAUGGGGGGAGGCCACCUACAAGGCUCAGUUGGGGGCCAAGAGGCCUGCUGUAAAACCGGAAGUUUCUGAGCUUUCCAAAAGGCCCAGGCUUGAGGACCGCAACAGUGACGAAGACCCAUUCGGGUUCGACAGUGACGAUGAGUCGAAGGUUGUGACUUCUCACAGCGUGUCCCAGGUGGGAGUCCAUGAAGGGGCAGCGACAAAGACCACUGCAGCGCAGAGCGGUGGGACGGCCACUGUUCCGUCUGCACAGGGCUCUGCAAACUCAACAACCAAGUUCACAACCAAGCAAACAUCGGAAGAGAGCAUUAUUAAAAAUAAUCAGCCCGGGUACAAAAGUACAUCCAAUAGCAACCAAAAACCUGCAUCUUUGUCAAACACACCCUCUGAUAAACAAAACAUCUCAGCGCCACUGAGGCCAAUCUCCUCCACUCCUAACAUAGUCACCUCCCUUAAACUGUCCAUUGAUGCACCAGGCGGGAGCAGAGACUUCCAGACCUCUUCUUCUUAUGAUGAAUUUCGAUUGGAAGAUAAGAGAAGCGCUCAGUUUCAGCCUCCACCAGAACAGGUGGACAACCUUCUCCCUUCUCCGUUCACCCUGAGGGCCUCAAACUGCAAGAAAUACCUGCGACCCAACCAGUCUAAGAAAACGUCCUUUGAACCGGCUGAAAACAAUGGCAACAAGCCCACUGAAACAGCAAGUGCCCAGGACAAACCCAACAGUGCCCUUUCUGCGAGCGCAAGUAGUACUGCUGCCAAUACUAAACCUGCUGCCAACGCUAAACCAGCAGCCAAGCCCACAGGCAGAGGAGGAGGCGGGCGGGUACGGGACUACACGGUUCUGCACCCUUCCUGUCUGUCGGUGUGCAACGUCACCAUCCAGGAUUCAAUUGAGCGGAGCAUUGAUGAACUCGUCACCCCAGCUAUCCCAGCUGACCUGGGAGAAUCAAGCCAGAUGAAGAAGAAGUCCGAUGCUGCCGCAUCCAAAUCUAUUAGGUUCAGACCCACCCAGACAAAGACCAAGAAAACCAAGACCAAGACCGAGACCAAGCUAGAGUUUUUUGGCUUUGAGGAGCAGGGGGGCGGGGAGGGUCCAGAAGGUGGCAUGGCAGGCAAGAGUAGCUACAAGAUCAAGUACUUUGGCUUCGACGACCUGAGCGAAAGUGACAGCGAUGAGGAGAGCUCUCAAGCCAAAGAGAAGAAGGCCAAGAAGGCGGCUGCAGCCUUAGCUGCUCUGAGCUUCGGAGUGGACAGCCCUCACACCAGCGACUCUCAGGACAGCCAGGCCAGCAGCAAUACAGAUGGAUUUGACUUGGCUGAUGACUCCAGUCCCGGCGGCGCUGAGGGGCAGAAAGGACGCUCAGGAAAGUCAAGUGAAAAAUCCAAGGACUCUGCUUGUGGCCUCAAAAAGAUCUUUAGCGGACCCAAAAAGUCUCCUGCUAAAGCUGUGUACAACGCUCGCCACUGGAACCAACCUGAGCCUGAAGAGAUCCCUGUGCCUGCACUUUCUCGAUCUCAAACUGCCCCGUCAAUUUUAUUGAGCAGCAGCAAGGACAGCAACUCCCAUAAAGAUGAUGGCUUGUUCAAAGCCCCUCCACCGCCACCCAAAGUCAUUAAGUCAGAGACCAUCCCCACGCGACUCAACCAGGAUAUCGUCACCGCGCUCAAAUGCAGGAAGGAGCACAAGGAGCUGUACACGGUGGUGCAGCAUGUGAAACACUUCAAUGAUGUCGUGGAGUUUGGAGAGAAUCAAGAGUUCACAGAUGAUUUUGAGUACCUGGAGACGGGGCUGAAGAGCAGUCAGCCACUCAACACAAGAUGCCUUAGUGUAAUCAGCCUGGCCACCCGGUGUGCCAUGCCUGGUUUCAGGAUGCACCUGCGGGCCAGAGGGAAAGUGGCGCAGGUCUUCAAAAUGAUCAGUGAUGCUCCACAACACCCGAACCUUGCCCUGUGCACGGCUGCACUGAUGUACAUCCUGAGUCGGGAUCGUCUUAACAUGGAUCUGGACCGGGCCUGUCUGGAGCUUAUGAUCAAGCUGCUGGAGCUGGACCUAGAAUGCCCAGCUGAACAGGAGCAGCUCACCCCAAAGGAGGUGGAAAAGGUCAAGGAGAAGAUCAGGAAGCUGUGUGAGACGGUGCACAACAAGCACCUCGACUUGGAAAACAUCACGACGGGCCACCUUGCCAUGGAGACAUUGCUCUCUCUCACCUCCAAGAGAGCAGGAGAUUGGUUCAAAGAAGAGCUGCGACUCCUCGGCGGUUUGGACCAUAUUGUCGACAAAGUUAAAGAGUGUGUGGAGAACCUGAGCCAAGAGGAUGACAAGGAGAACCUCGUGGCGUCUUUAUGGGGGGCUGAGAGGUGUCUGAGAGUACUUGAGAGUGUGACGGUGCAGAACCCAGAAAACCAGGGUUACUUGAUUGCCUACAAAGACUCGCAGCUCAUCGUGUCCGCUGCCAGAGCUCUGCGCUACUGUGAGGACAUGAUUCAGCGAUACAGCAGGGCCUUAAACAACAGCUCUCUGUCAUUGUCGGGGGCAGCGCUGCCCCACUGCAGCUUUAGUAACGUGGGCAAGGCCGUGGAGGACUGCAUGAGGGCCAUCAUAGGAGUGCUGCUCAACCUUACGCACGACAAUGAGUGGGGGAGCACGAAGACAGGUGAGCAGGAACAGCUAACCGUAACCGCUCUGAAUUGCGUCCUCCGAGUUCCACGCUACAUCCCCCAGGAGCAGCGAUUUGACGUGCGAGUCCUGGGUAUGGGUCUACUAAUCAACCUUGUGGAGUAUAGCUCCAGGAACCGCCACUGUCUGGUGGACAUGGAGUAUAUAAUCGACGACACCUAUCUGGAAGACAGCCUGAUGCAGCCUGCUGACCCAACACAAUCCGACUCGGUGGCAGCGGCGGCACCGCCAAGCACAGCUGAGACUCCGGGAGAAGAGGCUGUGAAGCCCAGGGCCUCCGGUGCUUUGGCUGCUCUGGUGCUGUUCUUCCUGGAGAGGGAGCGCGCCGCCAUCUUGGCUGAGGCUAAGACUGACGACAUCAUCACCGAAGCACCCAAACCGGCACUGGACCAAAGCGGAGAGUGGCAGGAGACGUCGGGAGAGAUCCAGUGGGUGGCAGCCGAACCCACCGAGAACCCAACUGAGAACAAAGAGGAGGAGAAGAAGAAGGAGGAGGAGGAUGAAGAGUUGGAUCUAAAUAAAGCUCUGCAGCAUGCAGGCAAGCAUAUGGAGGACAGCAUCGUUGCCUCCUACACCGCGCUGCUGCUGGGCUGCCUGUGCCAGGGAAGCCAGGUCAAUGUGACGACUGUGAGAGAGAAUCUGCCUCAAGGGGAUUUCUCCAUCAUGACAGAAAUGCUGAAGAAGUUCCUGAGUUUCAUGAACCUCACUUGUGAGAUGGGCACCACAGGACAGAAGUCCAUCACGCGGGUCAUCGACUACCUGGAGCACUGUUAACAGACCGCCAGACGGGGAACUCGCGCGCGGCACAGUGACGGGAUCCCAGGCCGCCCCGGGGCCCCCUUCACCCGACGGGAGCCACACGGGGUCAUCGGAGACUCUGCCGCUGUGAUCAAUCUGGACCGUUCCCGAUUUAAAGGCGUGCGAACGCACACACGUCAACGCUUCACUCCCUCUGGAGCCCAGACUGAACCAAAGCCCUGACGGACACGCAGCUCCUCUCACGCCACAUUCAUCCUCAGGUUACUGGGAAUCAGCCCAACGUUUCUAAAUCCUCUGGAAUGUCAGACAUGAAGAUGGACUGAGAGCGGACCUCUUCUAGGAAUAGUUUGCAGGCCACGGAGGUGGAGCCUGGUCACUGAGCUGCAGUUUGAACCUCGCAAUCAAAUUUGAUGGCUCAUUACAUUUGAAUCUCCACUCAUCCCCAUCAAAUUCACGGGUGAAAUCAUUGAUUAGCAUGGAAAACGAUACUUUUCAAGAAUGAUGGAGCGACGUCUCUGUGUAAACUCGUGUGGAAUGAUUGUGAAUGCAUUCAUCCAUUUUAAGUAAACUUUUGCAGUUGGCUUUAAUGUUAAAGGGAUUUUUUUUAAAAAUCUUUUCAUUAUGCCCGUUCAUUUUGUAAACAAUUUUGUUAGCAAGUCGCCUCUGCGCUCUUACGUUUUUAGAUUUUCGGUUUUUUAUUUGGUGCAUUUCUUUUUUUUUCUUCGUCCAAAUUAGGAAUAACUUUAAAAGGACUCAGGACCGCGUGAUGAGCUGAGUUUAAAUCUGUGUCCUUUAUUGACCGAUGAGGCCACCUGGAAAUAACUAGAUUUCCUUCCAGCAAUUUAAAAUGUCCUCACAUUUUACUAUUGGCUUAUUUAAAUUCCCAUGAAUUCAAGAGUAUGUAAGUCCAGUAUGCAUUGGAACUCACCGGUAUAACAGAUGUGACGAGUUGUGAAAUUCUUGUUGUUCUUGUUUUGAAUUUAUAACCGUUAAUUUUUUAGAAAUUAAUUUAAUUUAAUGUUUUGAUCCUUUGUAAAUGCAUAGUCUUUACCUAUUCAGAUGCUAUUUGUUUUGUUGAGGUAAAUCCCAUGUGUCACAGCUCAACAGACUUCAUGGCUGAUUCGUGGUUUUGGUUUUAAAGCGUAAACAAUUUCUCAAAACUUUCUGCAUUUAAUAGAAAGGGAUGUCAUUUUUAUCCUCGUGUUAACCGAUGUGGAGGAUUUCCUGAUGGCUUCUGGAUUUCCCGCAUCCUUUUCAGUUUUGUGUUUUUACUCAUUGCAUUGUUCAACGUUCAUAAGCUCCGGUUUAUUUAUUCGUUUGGUGUCAUGUGACCUGUAAUGACGCACAUGAACCUUCAAAGCGAACGCCUCUGUCUUGUGCUGCUCACAUGUACGAUCACUGGUUUGAAUGACAGCCAUACCUGUGGAGGCAGAGCAGUUCCACCUGGGCUGGAGGGCCGAGUGCACAGGGUUGCAGCCGUGUCUACUAUCAACUACUUUGCAAAGUUUGGGUCUGAAUGAAGUUUUAGACUGUAAAUACUCCUGUACAUAGCGGGUAAUGGACAGUUAAAAAAACAAAACACAAAAUGAUGCUAAGACUACUUUUUUCCCUGAAAGCUGAUAUUUUUAUCUUGUAUUGUAUUUCUGAGUUCUCAUUUGGAAAAACAAGAUUGCAGGAAGAGGACAACAAAAAAAAGUUUGUACCCGUUUCAAGGACAUUGUCUUUGGUUACAUGUAAAUAGUUGUAUCUCCAAAAAGAAAGAAAACUUGCUACUUUCAGUACA